GCGUUCAACGUCAGUCGGUUGUGUGUCAUCCGAGGGAGCCGGUAUUGUUUGGAUUUUGUGCACGGAUACGUAAAGGAGAGGGUUCACCGUUUGUCAUUUGUUAGCUUCUCUUGAAUUCACCAUGUCGAAGACCAGUCAGAAGACCGAAUCGUUGGAGAUUCGCUCAUCUCUCAAGCCGUUCGUGGGAUCGCGUGGUAACACCACCAUCAUCCAGCGCCAGAGCUAUGGAGGACCCAUGACCCGACAGAACUUUGGUUCCCUGAGAAUGUCCAGCGGUCCAAUUCUGUCCGCCGGCACGUUCCAGGCUAUGUCCAGCUCUGGGGUGGCCGACUUCAAGGACACCCGGCAGAAGGAGAAGACGCAGCUUCAGAACCUGAACGAGCGACUUGCCACGUACAUUGACAAGGUGCGCUUCUUGGAGGCAAAAUGCAAAAUGCUGGAGGACCAGCUGAACCAGCUGCAAGGGGUGGGCAAGUUCGAUUUGCAGCCCAUCCGGGAUAUGUACGAGGCCGAGCUGGCCGAGGCGAGGAAGGUGAUCGAGGAGCUGUCCAAGGAGAAGGCCGGCACGGAUGCCAAGCUAGCUGGUCUCCAGGAUGAGGUGGAUCGACUCCAGGGCACGAUCGACAUCAUGCUCCGUCACAAGACGGACUACCAGAGCAAGAUCAACCAGCUGACUCAGCAGAUCGGGGAGUACGAGGGCGAGCUGGGAACUCUGCGGGUCCGCAUCAAGAACACAGAGGCCGACAAUGACAAACUCAGAGAACUCUACAACAAGGCCAUGGAUGACAUCAGGAAACUUAGAGCUGAUCUGGACCAUGAGACUCAGUGCCAUAUUGAAGCCGACAAUCGUGCACAGAGCUUCGAGGAGGAGUGCGAGUUCUACAAGGCUCUCCUCGACAAGGUGCCCAAGGGCGAGACGAAGCUGACGAUCCAGGGUCUGGACAUGAAGUCGUACUGGGACAGCAAGCUGAAGGAGUGCGUGCACGACCUUAACAGCGAGUACCAGAACACUGUGGAGCUGAUGAGGACCGAGAUCGAGAACAGAUACGCCAUGCAGCUGAGACAGAUCCAAGGCGGUGCUGUAAAGGAUAACUUGGAGAUAAGUCACAUGCGAGACGAGAUUAAGAAGCUCAAGAACCAGCUUAGUGAAAAGUCGUCUGCCCUCAGUGAUGCCGAGGCCAGAGCACGAAUCCUCGAGGGAGAAGUGGCUGACCUGCAGAGGCAGUUGAUGGAACUGAGGAACGAAUACGAGGAAACCAGCAUGAAACUGAGGGACGACGUGGAUCGUCUGCAGCAAGAGCUGGAGGCGUGCAUCGAACAACUCCGUCAUCUUAUGGACGCCAAGCUCUCCCUGGAGCUCGAGAUCUGCUGCUACAGACAGUUGCUGGAGGGAGAAGAGAACAGGACCGGACUUCGCCAGAUCGUGGAGCAGGCCAUGGGUAUACAGAGCCAAGGCACCUCCCAGCUGUCGGACAUGAUCGGACAAAGCAGUAUGGAUCAUCGAGGAGGUAUGAGCUCAUCCGAGAGGAAGAUGACGAUUCAGAGGUCGUGUCGUGGAGCCAUCGCCUUCAACGAGGUCGACACCCAGGGACGCUACAUCACCAUCGAACAUAACGGAAACACACGAGGAGGCACACCGGAAGUGAAUUUGAGUGGAUGGAAAAUCAAAAGGGUCUUAGACAAUAAGCCCCAUCCGUUCGAGUACAAGUUCCCAGAUGGUUUGAUUUUGAAACCUGGACAGAAGUUUAAGAUAUAUAGCAUAACCGGAAACCGCAGCAAGAGCAAGUCACGUGAUUCCGACACCGCAGAAAUCGACCUGUGGAGCCUGGCCGAGGAGCUGACAAACAUAUAUCUGCUCGAUAGCCAGAACGUUGAAAAGGCCACCUGCAUCGUGAAGAUCCCCAGAUCAGGUUAAACUGAUUCCAAAGACGAGGAUCUGCCACCAUUCCAAGACCAAUUAGCAUAGAGCGAACUAUCGGCUGCCACCUGUCCACUCGGCUCACAGAUCGUAGCUUGUAGUCUUAUUGUUACUAUUAUUACUUCUAUUAUUAUUAUUAUUUUGGCUUCUGAUAGUAUCCUAUAAACCGCGCUUAGACUGUACUGGUAAAAGACUUUCUGAUUAUGGUGCUCAACCCGUAGCAUCUUAGAGGUAUAGACAGCAGAAUCGUGAAAUAGGCCGACUGGGACACAGUGGCUGCUGUAAGAUAACAUAUUGCUGGGUUCUUUUCUUUUUCUUCCCUUUUUUUUUUUUUUUUUUGAUUCUUGUGAAUAAAGAUACAGUGUACGUCUGGUAUCCCCGGGUAUGGUGGGUGGGGUGGGUGCUUGUUUGACACUUUCGUUAACGUAUUGGGCAUACUCGUCACUAUACUGGCACGCAUUAUUGUUGUUACUGGGACGUUAACACGAACUAUCGUGCUGUACAAUGUAGGCAGCUGGUUGUGGGCUUCAGUGUACUCGUUGGAUAUUUGUCAACAUACCAUGAAUAAUACGAUUUUAAACAAACACCAAACAUAAUGAACAUAACCAUUCUUUUUUUUUCUUCACUUUAUUAAAAAGAAAAGAAAAUAUUUUCAUUGUGCAUAGCAAUCAGUCAUCGGCGUAUUUACUGUUAUGUUCUAACACCUUGCUUAUUUAUAGUGACACGGUUAGAAAACGAGGGGAUGUUUUUGCAAAUGUAUUUCAGUCCACUUUUAAUGAAUUGAAGUCAUUGCAUAGCGAGGGUUGAUCUAAACGCACUGUUAAAGUGUCCAAGCGUGAGUGGUUUUGUUUUAGGAAAGCACUUUAACGACAGCUUUAUGCUAUUUCGAGAGGUUAUUUUAGAUUGAAGAAUACAACCGAGUUACGAAAAAUUACAGUUGUUGCUAUUCCACAUUUGUGAGCGUGACAGAACUCUUUUAACAGUAGUGGGGCCUAAUUCGCUAAAACCUCGCAACUUUGCGAUCUCACAGUACAGUGCAAAAAAAAAGAAGUUAAAUCAUCUAAAGAUGAUACAUCGCUGCCUUAGAGAGCUGUGUGAAAUAGGCCCUAGAAGUGAUUCUCAUGGUAUGUUGAGAAAACUAACGAAAUAACGUUUUCGACAAUUUUAAGCCUGUUCGAAUCAUGGCAACAUCGUACCACAAUGUCUUUCUUUGUUCAUAUUGUAUUUAAUCAGAGGUUGUGAAGACAAAAUAACGAAAACAUUUCCUGUUUAUAUCUCGGAAUGGCAGCGAUAUAUUUUUGACAUUUUAAACAAUGGUGUUGGGCCACGGUACAAACGAUGUCAGUCCUGGAAUCUACGUCAUCACGUUUGUCUGGCCUUGUGUCAGUAGUCUUCUAUUCGUGUUCCAGAUAGGUACAUAGCUAUAAUAUAUUUUCUCGACGUUGUAGACGCAGUACAUGUAUACGCGUAUAGUUAGAGCUAUUUUUAAAACAAAUCUAUACUUUGUUUUUAUUUUAUUUUUAUUUUCUCAUAAUAUGUACAGACUUGCCAGCUAUACUAAUAACGAUAUUGUUAUUUUCGUAUCAAUUACGGAGCAAUUACUGAUGUAUUGAACUUACAUCUAUUAUAAUGUAUGUAGUUUAGUACUGUAGUAGACAGCGAAUUUAACAAAUAAAAAGCAAAGCUUAUUUUACGAUUGCUGUUUUAACAUGCGUCGCGGUACAGCAUUGCUUUUCAGACAAUAUUAUAUAAGUGUUCGUACUGUUAACAUUCUGUAUCUUUUCCAAGCAAUUCGCAAGUUUAUUAAUACUUACCUUGUUCUGUGUUGUACGUGCGGUGCUCUUUAUUUAGGGUUUCAUUAUUGUAAGUUUACGACUUUUUAAAAUAAAAUAUUUCACACUGAA